CCUCGCUCAAAGAAAAAUUUCAGCUUACCACGGUCUGUCCAUUGAUUCCACGAUUUUUAAAGACUUGGGAAUGGACACUAGGAAACGACUCCACAGCGAUACCUUUUUCGAUUCCGAUGACGACGAUGCACUGUUCUUAGACUCCACAGCAGACCAGUCCACCUCCUUUUUCGCACUAGACGAUUACCUCGAAAAAAAGGCUCAGGAACAAUUCUCUGCUCAUGUUCCGACCGACUCUCCUUUAAGUUCUGAAAAAGGGAAAGCCGUCGAUCGCCAGGCUUCGAGUUUCGCCAAUCUUCACCUUUCCGACAGCCUUGGCUUGGAUGAUCUCGACUAUCCCGAAUCACCGCCAACGCAGGCCCAAGUCGAUGCCAUGGACAUUGAACACAUUCCCUUGUUAGACAACGAAGUUAACGAUCUACCUUUGUUCUCUUCCAUCUCAAAUGUCCAGCAGACAAAGAACGAUCAACCGACCUCCUACCUGCAACCACCACCUACGGGUAGUUUCGUUACGGCCACCUGCUCACGUACCGGUCGGACGCUCUAUUUUUCCAAACGACCUCAGUCGACCCAGCGAACAACACAAUCCAUCGAUCACAUCAAAAGUUCUACCAGCCUUUUGGGAAAGCCGAUCUGGAAAAUGUUGGAAGAGUUGGAGCACGAACGCAAGACCAAAACAGAAGCGUUAAUCAAAGAGCAAAAGGAAGCAUCAGCGCAUAAGCCUAAAAGAUUGAAAAAAGCCAACGUUUUGGAGAUGGAGCGCCUUUGGGUUGAGAAAUACAAACCACGAUCAUUUCUGGAUUUGCUGAGCGAUCAGCGAGUGAAUCGUGAAGUUCUACGGUGGGUAAAGCAGUGGGAUUACUGUGUGUUUGGAAAACUGCCAGCUCAGGAAACACAACGUGAUAAAGCCAUGAAGCAAUACAAGUCCACUUUUGGCACCACUGCACGUUUCGAAAAAACGGACAGAAGGGAACAGCCAACGGAUCCGUUACUGCGCCCAGAAAGAAAGAUCAUGCUUAUCUCUGGCCCUCCCGGUUUCGGUAAAACCACGUUGGCCCAUGUCGUUGCAAAGCAUGCCAACUAUAAUAUCAUUGAAGUAAAUGCUAGCGAUGAUCGUACGGGGGAUGUGGUACGAUCAAAAAUCAAAUCCGCGCUGGAAAUGCAAGCUAUUAUCCGGGAACCUGCUUCUUCCGACGGCUCUAAACAAGGACGCACUAUGAGCAUGCAGCAAAAGCCCAAUAUUUUAAUUAUCGAUGAAAUCGAUGGCGCCAGUAGCGGAGGUGGAUCAGAGAGUUUUAUCCAACAAUUAGUGCAAUUGGCAACGGCAGACGUGAAGGACAAAGAUUCGGACAAAACACGACGAAAGGGGAAAGGAAAAGGUCCCAUGCCGCUCCUAAGACCGAUUAUUUGCAUCUGCAAUGACCCUUACGCACCGGUGCUUCGUCCGCUUCGUGCUAUUGCACACACAAUUCAGUUCCGCAAGAUAUCGAUGCUGACGAUUGCUAAACGGUUACAGGAAGUGUGUGAGCUCGAAGGAUUGCAGAGUGAUUUGAGAACUCUCAGUUCGCUCGGUGAAAGUACGGAUGGCGAUGUUCGAAGCUGUCUCAAUACACUGCAGUUUAUUCGAGGCAAGAGCGAUGUCUUCACCCGUGACAUGCUGGAGCAGGCGGGAGUCGGCAGAAAAGAUAUGGGCAAAUCGCUCUUUUCAGUAUGGGAAGAGUUAUUUAGUGCGCCAAACGCACGUCGGCAGACAUCUAUCGAUCGAUUCGCCAAUGACGGCAACAAGUAUUUACGACGAAUGAUUGAUGUUAUCAUGACAAACGGCGAGAUGGAAAAGAUUAUGCAAGGUUGCUUCGAGUCUUAUCCGCUCAUGAAAUUCCACGAUGUUGCUCUUCAAAAAUUCGUUCAAAUGAGUGAAUGGCUCAACUUUUAUGACCAUGUGCAUCAUCGAACCAACGACAAGCAUGAAUACGGCUUCUACGGCUAUUUGCCACUACCGAUUGUGAACUUUCAUCGUUUCUUUGCCGGCUCCGUGAGUCAGGAGCAUCGAGUUGAAUAUCCGAGAGUGGAUUACGAGGUGUUUGCGACGAAAAAUCAGUAUGAAAACUUAAUUUCUAUUUUCUUGGCGGGCAUUCCUCCUGCCAGCCGGCGAUUCUUCAACAAAGAUAUGGUUGCGAAUGAAUUAAUACCGCGAUUACUACGUAUCGUAUCGCCGGAAGUGCGCCCAGUCAAUAAACAACUUAUCAAACCCGAAGAAAAAGCGACCUUGGCUCGACUGGUAGAAGUGAUGAUCGAGUUUGGCUUGACUUUUCUACAAGAGAAACUGGACGACGGGCAAUUCGUUUAUAAAUUGGAGCCUCCGAUUGAACAAAUGAUCCAAUAUCAGACGGUCAAUAACAAGAAUAUCUUACCGAAUCGCUAUGCCGUGCGUCAGUUGAUUGCUCAAGAGAUUGAGACUGAAUUGUUACGAAGACGCGAGCACGCGAAAGCAGCCAAAGAUGGAGGUGAAAAACUGAGAACCCAAGUUCGGGCCACCAUGGAUGCUGCCAUGAAAGUAUUAAAAGACCCCAAGAAAGAAAAUAUACCAAAGGAUUUCUUUGGACGUCCCAUCGUGCGAAAAGAAUCACCACAAACCGAACAGCAGGCUAUGGAACAAGGUAUGAGAGUGGUAUGAGAGUGGACAUGGCUUGUACUGAACGACUUUUUUUCUUUUUAAGCACGGUUGGAUGAAAAGAUACAAAUCGCAUACAGAUACCACGAAGGCUUUUCCAAUGCUGUACGAAAGCCAAUGACCAUGCAAAUGUUCCUGUAGUCCUUUUCUGUAAAUAAUGGCAAUCUCCUCUCAUCAUGUAAAAUCUGAACACACUUUCUCUAUCAUUAUGACGCCCAAAACGUUCCGCAUUACGGGGAAGGGCUGAUGUUUCCUGACAAUAAAAAUAUGCCUGU